AUGGCAACUUACAAAAGUUAUACCUAUACGUCCGACAGGGAGGGCGACUUUUAUACCAUAGAUAAGGCCUUGGCCGAGGACAAAGAUAAGGAGCCAGAGACCUUUGUCGACUACGAGAGGAAGACGAAUAAGAUCCGAGGGAGCGUCCCCGACGUGCAUACCGGGAAGGCUAAGUGCAAGAACAAGGCGAAGAAGUCGACCGAGGAUGACGGGGGACUCGAGUCGGCGAUAAACAAGUCAUUACGAAGGAGCCUGAGACCAAAGAUGGGUCAUUCGGGGUCACAAAGUUUCCCAAUUCCGCCAGAUGAUUGA